AUGUCUUCUUAUAGAAAUCAAAAGAGGUUAUCAUUAUCACCUCCUCAAAUUCAAUUGAGUGAGAGUCAACAACAACAACAACAACAACAACAACAACAACAACAACAACAACAACAACAACAACAACAACAACAACAACAACAACAACAGAUACAAAAGAAUGAUGCAGAGAACCUACUAUUAUAUGUAAAGGACUACACUUUCUUUAGAUCAGAUAGAGCAUUAUGGUAUUUUAAACAUCUACUUUCAUUAAAUUCAAAUUUAAAGUUAUCAAUGGAUAAAGAUGAAUCGAUUAUAGUAUUGUAUAUAGCAUUGGAUAACGGUGUAAUUCUCGAUCUAUCACAGAGACAUCAAUCAUUUGGUAAUAUAGUUCAUUUCAAAGAGCGAAAAGAUCAUAGUAAGCGAAAGAAGUUUGAUUCCAGCAAUAGAAAUGACGAUAUCACCAUUGAUGAUAAUCAUCAAGAAGAAGAGGAAGAUGGAUAUAAUACAACACAAGAAUUAGAAUAUAAUAUAGAUGAUUUACAACAUCGUAAUCAUCAUCAUCAUCAUCACCAUAGAUCAUCAGACUAUGACUAUGCAGAGUUUGUCGAUACCGAUUCAGACUCUGAUGAUUAUCAAUAUCAGGAGAAUCGGACUAUCAAAGUAGAUAGACAGCAGACACUCCCACUGAUAUCGAUGACACCAAAGACACAGAUAUCACUGCUCUGCUCCACCUACAAAUGUGUAUACUAUCUCGACAUGUCACCGUCGAUGGCAUCGGUAGAUCCCAUCACUGGAACCAUCCUAAUUGAAUAUCUCUAUACUUCCCUACAGUCUCUACUUCUCUCACUCUCACAUCCACUAGAAACCAACUCUUACAACUUCUCACCAAACAAAGUACAUCUCCCUUAUAGAUCAUCUUCUUCAAAUCUAACAAUUUCACAGCAACAACAACAACAGCAACAACAGCAACAAACUAAUGGUAAUAUUCAUUUCUAUAGAAUAGAUUUGUUUCAACCGACUGUUGGAAAUAGUUUGGAAUCAAUGUUUAAUGAAGAUCGUUUCGUAAUGAAUGAACAACAACAACAAUAUCAACAGAGAUACGGCACAAUGGGCACAUCGUCAUCAACUGGAGGAGGAGUUGCAUCAAAGUAUUACAAUGGAAAUAACAAUGGAACUGUAGUGAAUAUCUAUCCUUCGCAAUCUUCACCAUCGGAGAAUACAACUAUUCCUUCAGAGACUAUCAUCAGCGAUAUGUCGAUUGUUCAUGCUUUGAUGGCCGUCGAUUAUGCAUUCCCAUGGGUUGGAACACCUCCACAGGUUCCACUGCUACGGACAACCGCCAAAGAAUACACCGUUGAGGUCGACGUCCUAAAGUUACUGGAUCUUCAUAUUCGUGACGGAUUCAUUGUUAAAAUGGUCAGUUUGAAACGACCGGAUUCAGAAUUGGGUGUUAAUUUACUUUACAAUUGGUUGCCAAAUAUAAAGAUUGAAUAUAAAAUUAGAUUCCUAAUGUUGGAGCGAUUCAACAACAACAACAAUGACAAUGAUAUCAAUAAUAAUAAUGAAUAUCAACAACAACAACAACAACAGAAUAUGUAUAAUAAGAAACAACAACAACAACAACGUCAACUGAUGGAACAAAAGUUGAAUGUAAAAGUUUGUAUUGAAGUCAUGGCAUACUAUGACUUUUUGAAGGAGUAUACUGGAGGCGAUGCUCCAACAACUCGGAAACUAUCAGCAAUGGGAAAAGUGGCUGCGUGCCGAAUCGAUCAACGUAGUUCUCGAGCCAAACAUCAUUCUUCUCGACGAGCGAAGCUAUUCGUGAAAAGUCAUCAAGGAUAUGAAGCGAGAUCUUGCACAGAUUCGAUCGUCCAUUGCCACAUUCAACGACGAGGUGGAGGACAUGGAUAUGAACUACGUCGUCUACUGGUGAAAUAUGACUUUGAAUCGGUGACACCAACGCAAUCCACUGGACCAUCUCCAUCCACUUCGCCAACACCGCCAUUCACCUCGGUGAUGGCAUCUCCGAAAAUCAAUGGACAACAGCUACAACCGUCAUCGUCAUCGUCGUCUCAACAAGUAGGAGUUUUAGGAUCUCAACAAAGUGGACAAGGAUCAUCCUCUCAGAAAUAUGGAAACAUUCCACCAAUUGCUUUGAGUCAACAACAACAACUUCAGGUUCCAAAUGUCGUCGGCAAUUCAGGUGGUGUUCCAGAGAGUAGUAGAUCGCCACCUGCCACUGGACGUCUACACCACCAACUACAACAACAUACUGCCAACAACAACAACAACAACAACUCUAGCAACAACAACGUUCACUCUAUGAACCACAAUCAAACAUCUUCAAGAUCGUUCCACUCCUACACUCAGACACCUUACCUUUUGUCACCGGAACUCAAGAGUUAUAUGUGGUCACAACGAUGGGUCUACGACUUGGGUGACGCCAAAUCCGCUGAACUUGCAAUGGGUCACAUCUUCCAGGAGCGUCUAUGCGAAGGUUAUACUCUUUUGAAUCUAUCUACCUUCCUCUUCUUCAAGGAGAUACAACUACACCAGGAGCGUUGUCCCGACUCCCAGACACACUCUGUCGCACUGCAAUAUCUCAUCUAUAUUCGCGCGCCACACUGUCUCGUCAUUGAAUUCUGGAUGGAGCCACAAAAAGGCUAUCUAUGCUCCACUCUGAAAGGCGCCGAGGAAUGGAUGAACGAGCGUGAAAUCUACCGAUUACUCAAAAAGUGGCUAGAGGAAUCGGACGGUCACAUCAUCAGUGGAAUCUCCAACUUUAAUGAUCUCCUCAUGAUCUCGCUAUCCUCCGAGCCAAUGGCAGAGAUGCAGGAGAUUCUCUAUCAAUCGCCAACCAUCUCGCUGCCCUUCAAGGACGGCGUCAAACUCCCAGAGUACAAGGUGAGCGCAAUGAAACCAGAGUUCUCACUCGACAAUCUCAUCUCAUUCUCCACGGUCACACAGAAGCUCUUCCCAAUUAUCAACAUCACACCGGAUCAAUCACAAGAUAUGGUGAAACUCUCGAUUAAAUCCAACCAGAAACUCUAUAGUUUGCUUGGUGAGAUUGUCAAAGCAUUGAAUGCAUUCGAGAUACCAGCUACUUUCUUUUCAAAGAGUAACAAAUUUAAAAAUGGAAGAUGUUUUAUAAAAGCAACCAAUAGUACAGACUUUUUAUUUACAUUCUUACAUCCUUUGAAUAUCGAUGGUACCAAUCAAAAGGCAGACAAUAGAUCUAUAUGUUUGUCAUUCUAUGAAUGUUCAAUCAAAGGUUUCAUUGAUGUAAAUCAUUCACCUAAAACAUUGGAAUAUUUAUCGAGAAUAUUUAAUGUACCAUAUAUAGAUACAUCAGAUACAGAUAUCUUAUUAAAGAGUUACUAUAAUAAGAAAUGUAGUCUACACGAGAGUAUUCAUCAUACGACACCUCAACAUCAUGCGACAAGACAAUAUAUAAGAACGAUAAAGAAUGGAUUCGAAAGAGCAUUUCUUCAAGCAUUAUAUACCAAUCUACGUGAUAGUAUACCAAUUGAACCAACUGAUCUAUUAAACGCAAUAACAUCUUGUAAAGAAUAUUAUAUUGAUAUUGAUAUCUCACAAUUGAUAAAGAUAUUACAGAAAUCAAAUAAAGAUAUCAAUGGUUAUCUGAAUGAUAGAUUCUCAAAACAAGUGAUGGCCAAUUACUUUAAGAGAAUAGAGAAUACCGAGUACUAUUUCUAUAAUAGAAAUGUAUUGCAACAGUCAAGCGAUCCUUAUGACGAUGACAUGCAGCUUGAUGAUGACACCAUCAACAGUGAUGAAGAUUCAGAGAUCUAUCGUGAUGAUCUUUCGAUCGACGGUGAAGACCUAGACGAUGACAGCGAUGACACUAUCUCUCUCAACUCUGAUCUCAAGAACAAUCAUCACGAUAUUGGUAAAUCAAAGAAAACAUUGUUCAAUCAAAAGAAUACUUCUACUGGUCAUAAUCAUAAUCAUCAUCAUCAUCAAUCGUUAAACUCUAGUUCAGGUGAUACUCCUGUCGACAAGAGAUUGGAGUCGAUACUUGGUGAGUUGCAAGUCGACCUCGAGAAACGUUCGGCAGAGUUUGGUUUGUUCCCAUACCCGCUGUUUAUCAAAAUGGAGAUUGUGAUGUUGCACAACAAUAGCUUGUACCAGUCGCCUGUGUUGGAAGGUGAGGAAACAUACACCGCUUCGCUAUCGAUCAACAACCAGCACAAUCCAUAUCAAUAUCGCUUCACUCUGGGACAACAAUACGACAAUAACAACAACAACAACAACAACAACGCCUAUCCAUCGCUAUCGGAACUCUCACCGUCUCGCUCGCUCCUUCGCUUCAAAUGCAUCACUCCCCAGCCAACCAUUAGAAUGGUCAACAGCAUUCCUCAGCAUCUUCAAAUGUCCUACGGCAAACGAUCGCGUUCGUUCAGCAAUCAACUACCGAAACCACUGGCAACCAUUAUGCGUCAACAUCGUCGCCAAGUAGUGGCUCUGGUGAGCAGUGAGAUUCUCAGUUGUCUGCGAACGAUUCGUCCUGUCAAUAAACACGUUUUGGAUCUGGUGUUGUUCCAUAUGAAUAAGCUUGCUUACCACCGAUCGCCACAGCAUCACCUUCAUAGCUACACUGUCAAUAUGCAGUUUGUUGAUGUCAAAGAAGGAAGUUCGUUGUUACUAAAACAACUAGAGUCGUGUAAUCAUGGAAUGAAGUUGAUGCGAUUCAACGAUCUUCUUUACUACUUUGAGGACAAUGCCUCUGAGGAGCAGAUAUGGACUUGCUCACAUAAGGACAUUGUCGAAAUCUAUGCGCACUCGCCACUUCCGCCAUUGCCACCUUCACCUCCACCACUACCACCCAUGUCCAACUCGAAUCCCGCCAGUAUCAACAGCAGCAGUAACAGUGCAUUCGGUGCAUCCAAUCGUAUUGAGGAUCUAGUGAAUAUAAACAUUCCCUAUUGGUUGGUAUUUACCUAUACUUCAUCCAAGAAUCUUUUGAAAGUUCAUUUCUUCUCUGAGAUUGUAGAUGGUGAAUCUUCCUCCUCGUCUGCACUUGACAAAGCAACACUUGUUGUCGGAGCAGAUCAACAACAGCAACAACAACAACAACCAUUCAUUACUUCACCAUCAAGCUCAUCCUCUACCACUUCCUACAACGAUGCCAACAAUGCUCUGGCAGCAAAAAAGGCAACGACUCUUGGAAGUUCUAUAGAGUUGGAAUCCUCUCAGGAUUCUACUCGUGGACUAAACUCUAGUUGUCAGCAUCAACAUGAUCUCACCGAUACGAAAGAACGUGUUCGUUUGGUGUUGGGUCAAGUGAUAAAGAGUGUCAAUCAAAUGGUGUUGUUGAAUCAGCUCGAUGAAUUCAGAGCUGCCAGUCCGUUGCUUCUGGCACCGGAAGAUGCCAUUCCACCCAUCUCUUCGCCAAGUGGUGCCGCGCCACUCAGUGCCAAACAUCAGAUAGUCGCACCACCCUCACCAUCAUUCUACGACGAUCCCUAUCGUAAGAACAAAAAGAAGGGACCGUUUGUCAAUGGUGAAUUUGCAUGUCCACUAGUACACUCGAUGCAUCUGCAACUGAACGAGCGACUUCAACCACACGUUGCCAUCGGUGGAUUGAUAAGUACGACACUUCAUCCAUUCUCCAUCACCAAUAGAAAGAAGAUGUUUGUAUACCGUGAGAGUGGCGGUAAUGUCUACUAUAUGAAACUAUCGGAACCACAAUCGAUCCUCUCGGAAUCACCUCUGACUUCACCCUCGCCAACUCCUCAACAGUCGCCACGCCACUCACCAGCUCCAUCACCUUCGACUUCGCCACCCAAAGAUUCAAUCCUUGCCAAUCGACACCAACACGGUCAUCUUCACCUCCACCAACAACAAUCGACGCUAAAUUUGUUUUCCGCACAACAAAACUACUUGUUGCUAGAGGUAUUUGGUAUCAAUUCUCCAGGACCUGAGAUUACAACGCAACUCUACCAACUGCUGGAAUCCAAACUAUCGAAUAUUACACUUCAAUACAUAUCGUCGCUGAUCAUGAGAAAUCCAAUGUUGAAGUUGUCUCCACAGGAUGUAGAGUUUAUCAAACCACCACAUGUCAUUCCAUCGAUUGCCUAUAUCGCGGUACCAGAAGCCGUUCAAGACUGUCAUUUGUUCCUUCAGUUGUUGAAACAAAAUCUAUUGCAAUUCCUCACAUUGAUGUAUCUCACAACCACACAGAAUCCUACAACAACAACAGCAUCAACAACAACAUCGAUCAACCCACUUCAUUCUUCAUUGAUCCUACCAAAGGAAGAAAAAGAGGUUCCAAUUCAGUCACUUUCCAACACAAUGGAAAUUCCUCACCCCAAUUUGAGUGUUGCUGCAGCUACCACUCCUAGCUCUUCACUCUCACCACAGGUAUCUCUAAACAGCUAUGAAUUCAAACAAUCGGAAUAUACUUUUAUCUACAAUUUCAUUGCUUCAAACAAUACUCACAAUCCAAUUGGUCAUGGUAUUGCCACGAUCCUGUUGUGUCUUACCGACAAGAAUGGAGAUCCAAUCAAAUCGAUUCCAAUGGAUAUCAAUAGUAUUCAAAAGAAAGAUCCUAUUGAUGUUAUCAAUAUUUUGCUGGCUGGUUCAAAUACCUUUGAUCCACCUGCCGGCACCAGUGUUGUUGAUCCCAACUCUCCAAAACCAACCAACUUUAAUAUUCAAUUAAAGAUCUGGUCACGUGGAUCCGUCAAUAACAAUCUACUUGUAGAAAGGCUACACCAAUCGAUCAAUCAAACACUUUGUGAAUAUCUUCUUGAAGCGAUUCUACCUCAAAUCAAUGUCACACCAUCGACAUUCAAGGAUGACUAUCUCACUUAUUUCGAACGUAUUAUCCUCAGAGGAAGACAAAUACAAACACCAAGUAUUCAAGAGGUUAAGAUUGCCCAAUUCCAUCUACCAACUUGGUCGACCAACGACUUUGUUUUGGAUAUGAAAGAAUUGAUUGCCGAUAUCAACUCUCGACUCAAUCCAUCACUUUGGUAUCUCGAAGAUACCAUCUUUGAAAAGUUCAAUCCUAAACGACAAAAUAUUUCAAACUCGGUUGAACUGGAGAAACCAAAUGGCAAUGCUGGAAAUAGUAAUAUUCAUAUGAGUGGAGAACAAACACCUAUACUCAAUACAACUGUCAACAACAACAAUAACUCGAACAACAGUCGUAUCAACUUGAUGAAUAAGAACAAGUAUAAAGUCAUUAUCAUUGCUGGUAAGACUGUAAACGAAGGUCUACAACUCUUACCAAACAUUGAUACUGAACCAUCUUUGCUAUUGACCAACAACGAGGAUAUUCUAUUCUAUCCACAAAUUAAAGAUUCGCAAUUGACACAUGCCAUCUACCGUCAAUGCAAUCUACUUGUUACCAUCACCUCGAGUUCACUUUGUAUCAACACUUACAACUGGGGACAAAACAAACUUGACAUCCUCUUGUCCGCACUCAACAGAAUGAACACAUGGAGAACUCUCAGAAAGAAUCUUCUCAACCAAGUACUCCACCAAAAACUUGGUCUAUUCAAUCAUGUUCCACCUGUUACUAUCAACCCAACGGUGACUUCAUUCUUCACUGACAAACCAGCGACACAAAGUCAGAACAACAAUUUCGUUCGUUUCAACUAUGACAAUGUCGAUAUCUUUAUCAACCAGCCUGCAGUUCCAAAGAAGACAGGUUCCGCUCUGAUGUCGAUAAGAUCUUCCGACGAGAUGAGAAUGCAACCAAAUCCACAGCGACAACUUGUCAAACAAAAGUCAGCUCUCAAUGUUCCACCAUCGGCCAACAGCAGCGCUCAAACCAAUGUAUCCACAGCCAACAAGAAGCGUGCCAGUUUGAUUCCGGAAUUCGAGGGAUUACUCAAAGAACAUUUCCCAACCAAUUCGAACCUGCAGAGAUCGAUACUUCCAAACCUUGUCGAUCCAAUCCACAAACAUGUCGGACAAAUCAAAUCGAUGGCACAACAGGUGGAGCGUACACUCGAAGCGAAAUCCAUAUUCUCUCGAGCCUCUUCGUUCUUUAUCGACACUGAUAAAUCACCUUCGCAACACCAUCUCGAGUCGAUCAUCAAGAUGUCGCGACUUGUUCACUUCCGUUGUGUUCCUUUCCUCUACGAUGACUUCCUCAACAAGGAUCAAAGAGACAGUUACAACCAACAACAACAAGUCAUUGAAAAGACAGCAGUACAUAUCAUUUCACCAUCGUUGGUCGGUAUUGUAAUGGCGCCACUAAAAGGUCCAGCCAACAACACUCCCUAUCUGACAUUCACUGAAUCCGCACUCGUAAACACUGGUAAUUGGCGUGGUCGUAUCAUGGAGUUCUUCCUCUUUGAAUAUAUCCACUAUAUGGAGAAUGCACUUCAAUCCACCAAGAUCUUCAUUACCAACAAUGAUGCUCCACUGACGUCUUCACCUCCGCUUGCCUCAAGCGAAUCGUCCAUCAAGAUCAGUGAACACGCCAAGAUCGACCUCAGUAUGUUGUCAUCGAUCAGCUCAUCGAGCGCAUCGAAAUCACUGCGUGCCUAUUUACAACAGACCUUCAAAGGUGGAUCGUUGCUCAUCAAAAUUGGAUUCCGUGAUCUCAGUGUCACCUGUGAGCUGUUUGCCAUUCUUCAACCGACCCUGGAGAAUCAGAAUUCCAGCAAAUAUCAAUCGACCUUCUUUGCUGAGGAAUACGGUAGAUUCACUCAUCAUCUACAUCUGAAUUCGUUUGUCUAUGAUUUCCACAUCCGUCAACUCUAUGAUUUCCUCAACAACAAUCAUAUCUACUACAAUCCAUCCAACUCUGACAAGACUCCGACUCCACCCUCGAAAUAUUUCAUUGAGAUGCUUCAGUCGCUCUCGAGAUACUAUCCGAAACCACCUGCUCAUGCCUAUGGUUAUCUACAAGACUCGAUCUACACGGCACACUCACCGAUUCCACCCAUCAUGUUGUUUGAAUAUCUCACAAAGAAUGCCAAGCAAUAUUCAAUCUCGAAUCUGCAAGACAAGGGAGUAUCUCCUGCUCUAUUCUUCUCGAUUCCCGACCAGACUCAGACUGGUUCCGAUGCAAAGAUCACCUUCAAUUGGGACGUUGUUAUAUUCUGUCUGAACGACCAGAGUGAGGAGGAAGAUGAGAUUGACCACCACAUGAUUCAACCGCCACCCACUCUACUUGGUGAAUCUAAAUACAACCUCAAAUUGCAAUACAUUAUCAUUCGAACAGCCAACAAUACAACAUUCCCAAGAAUGGAUCAAGUUGGACAUCAUUCAUCUCACACUCAUCAAACACUACCUGUUAGAUCUAAUAAUGUCAAUGAUUCCUCCUCUGUAACAACGAAACAAUCAUCCCAAUCACAAUCUCAUUCACAACAAUCUCAAUCGAUGACACUCCAUCUUUCACUGAGUGGAAGUGCAGGUGCCAUUCCAACAUCGACCUCAUUGAAUGCUGGUGCCACCUAUAACCCACAUCUAGCAAUGAAUCCAAGCUCAAUCGAUCAUCUCGAACGUAACAACAAGGCAAUGGCAAUGUGUGAGGAGAUAGUCAAAGGCAAACUCAAUAAGAUUAUCGUUGGUGCAAGUGUGGAUUAUCAACGUGAUCGUCUCUGGCUCAAACUACUACGUGGAAAUCCAUACGAUCCAGCUCUCAGCAUCCAAGAGUUUGCACAAUUCACUUCACUUGUCAAGCGUCGCUCCAUCAAAACAAUGGAUAUCUCUCUUACCACUCCCAUCAAUCUAUUCCAAUGUAUGGGUAAUGUGUGGAGUGGCCUCUGUAGUUACCUUGUAAAAACCUGUGGUGAUCGUAUUCGUCAGCUUCACAACGAUAAUGUCAAGCAUAUAUUCAUUCUCAAUCCCAAUGUUGAUUGUCUCAUGUUGGAGCUAGUCUAUAACGAAAGAGAGAAAGAAUCUGAUGCAUUCAUCUGUCGUAAGGAAGGUGGUAAUCUCUACACCAACAGCAGUUCACUACAGAAAUCAGAGAUUGAUGAUCUAGAAUAUCUACACGCCAGUCAACUUGUCAAUACUUUAUGUCACUAUCUAUGGAAACAAAUGUUGAUGAAAUAA